CUAACAGGUCAGGCCUGCGCUUCGCGUGUUCCAGCAAAAAUAAACACAAAAAAAAAAAAGGGAAGCGAGCCUCCUUCGUUUUGGCUCUUCGACAGUAAUCCUGUCCAGGAGUGUCGCUGUUGCCGCUGUCAAACGUCGUCGCCGUCCUUUUAAUUUAUAUAUUACGGAGUAAAGUGAGAAAAUUCCGGAUAAAACAAGAAUUCGAGUAAAGUUGUGAAAAUCGGGUGUGAGAGGGACUCAAGGGAAGUGAGAAUCCUUGUGUGGUGCUGGUGGCCGAGAGGAAGAGAAAGAGAUUUCUCUUGGAAAUAGGGACAGCUAGAUGGCAGUCAGUACUCUCAACAUGGCACCCUACUUCACCGGAUACCCAUUUCAAGGACAGGGUCGCGUGAACCAGUUGGGCGGUGUGUUUAUCAACGGCCGUCCGUUGCCCAAUCACAUUCGGCUGAAGAUCGUCGAGAUGGCGGCGGCCGGUAUCAGACCGUGCGUCAUAUCGCGACAGCUGAGAGUCUCACACGGCUGCGUCUCGAAGAUCCUGAAUCGAUAUCAGGAGACGGGAUCGAUCAGGCCCGGCGUGAUCGGCGGCAGCAAGCCGCGAGUCGCCACGCCGGAAGUCGAGGCGAGAAUCGAGGAUCUCAGACGGCAGAAUCCAGGCAUCUUUAGCUGGGAGAUACGCGAGAAACUGAUAAAGCAGGACGGAGUCUGCGACAAAACUUCGGCACCUUCCGUGUCUAGCAUCACCCGACUUUUACGUGGACCAACCAAUCAGACUCGUCCCAGCGAUGACCCGCGCAGAAAUCACUCCAUCGAUGGGAUUCUCGCCGGCAGCAGCGGUGACGAUUCCGACACGGAAAGCGAACCUGGCAUCGCGCUGAAAAGGAAGCAACGUAGGAGUAGAACCACUUUUACCGGCGAACAACUGGAACAAUUGGAGACAGCUUUCGCUCGUACGCAAUAUCCUGACGUGUACACCAGAGAGGAACUCGCGCAAAAAACAAAACUGACGGAAGCGCGGGUACAGGUCUGGUUCAGCAACAGGCGCGCCAGACUGCGCAAACAGUUGAACAGCCAGCAACUGAAUGCCUUCAACACCAUGAGUUUACAACCCUUCCAGACGCAGCACUACGGCAGCGGUGCCGAGAGCUAUCAGAGCUACGGGCAGGCGAGCGUUGCCGCCGCCGCAGCAACCACCGCCGGCUAUUCGCAGCAUUACAACUAUGGAGAAAACUACUAUGCGCAGCAGCAAUGGUCGCGGGCGACUCCGGAGAAUUACGGAUUGUUUAACGCUUCCCAUUACGGUGGUGGCAACCUCGCGUCCAAUCUAACUCCCACGAAUCUCAAUCUGGGCACAUUGGGCAGCAGCGUCAGUCCGACCGCGACCAACGUGAGCGCCUGCAUGGUGCAAGGUGGCGCAUCCGGAGUGCCGGUCUCGACGGGGAUGACACCCCACGUGACGCCGCACAGCCCCAGCGAGGCGAAGAGCGGAUAUCCGUAUCUGGGUGGCAUUGAUUCUCAGGUUUGCGGAAGAAUUCACUGAAUUAAUUGUGAUGAGUGAUCGAAUUAGUAAAUAAUAAGCUUCGCCGCGGAAGAAAGUUAUUUAAAAAAAAAAAAAAAUCGCUGUAUCGUUACUUAUUUAUCAUUUUAUUUAUCUCGUGUUUCAAAGCCGGAAUUGAACGGACCGAAACUGUUAACGCGCGCGUGUGUUUCUAUUCGCGGAAGAAUAAGUUUCUUUUUUUCUUUUUUUAUAGAUUUUAAUUGUUAUUGCUUUUGUUAUCGUAUUGUUAUUUUUUAUCGGAAAAUUGAGGACGAGUGCAAAAAGUUAGUAAAUCAAACAUAUUAGUAUGCUUUUCUAGUUUCGUCAUUAUAUUUAUGUAAAUGUGAAAACUUGUAUUAUAGAAUGUGUUAUAGCGGUGUUUGAACGGUAAAGAAUUUUUUAUUUAUAUAAAUAUGUAUAAUCGAUUGAUCUUAUUUACAUAAUAUGCGAUCUGUUGUAAAUAUAAAUAGGUUAUAUAUAUCGUUCUCACACGCAAGCGUUUUACACCGUGUGUGAUUGCUAAAUAUUUAUGUGCAUGAUACACUGUAAAAUUCACGUUGAAUCUCGUAGAUGUAAGUUGCGCACCCCGACUUCUAAGAAGUAUUGCGAGAAGAUUAACUUUCUUUAGAAUUAAUUAGCACUUACGAGCGCAGUUGUAUAACAACGACGCCUCGAUGCUUUAGAGAAGGAAUCGCUUUGCAAUUGCCUUAUUAUAGUAAUAUAACGAUAUAAAAUAUAAAUAUAUACGUCUCUAAAUUUUACGAAUAAGGCUGUACACAUAUUUGCGCGUAAAGAUAGCAACAUAGCGAGUAAAUUGUAAAACAAAACAGUUAUUUGUAAAAAUAUUCUCAUAUCACAAUUGCGAUGUCAAUCACGUGAUUGUGAUUUUCACCAAUAGGUUAUC